CGAGAGAGUAGUGGCUGAGAGAGAGAGAGUUCACGAGAGAGAAAAGCUCUCUACUUUCUUCACCAAUUUUAAUCCACCAACAAUUCUAGAGAUAUAUUUAUCUGUAUCUAUAUAUAGACGCUAAAACAAUGGGAUCGACGAAACAAAAGCAAAAGCACCGGAGCUCCGGCGCCGAUCAAUGCACGAAAAACGAGGCGAAUGACUGGAAGGAUGAAGUGAUUAACGGUGGAUCGUUAAGGCACGUGGAUCUCAAUAACGGAUCCAACGGCUGGGCGUCGCCGCCGGGGGAUCUGUUUAGUCUCCGGUCGAAGACGUAUUUUGCGAAGAAGGUGAAGGCUCCGUCUGGUCCGUGGCUGUUGCAGCCGGCCGGCGUUGAUUGGCUCCGAUCCGCCGGGAAACUCGAGAAUGUUUUGUCACGCGCGGACAAUCGCGUGAUGCACGCGCUGAAGAAGGCGCAGGCGAGAGGUAAGAAUAUGAAGUCGUUUGUAGUGGCGGUGAAUCUGCAGGUUCCAGGCCGCGAGCAUCACAGCGCGGUUUUUUAUUUCGCCACUGAUGAACCGGUUCCGUCCGGUUCGCUUCUGCACCGGUUCAUCAACGGAGACGACGCGUUUCGCAACAGCCGGUUCAAGAUUGUGAAUCGGAUUGUGAAAGGACCAUGGAUCGUGAAAACAGCGGUUGGUAAUUACUCGGCGUGUUUGUUAGGGAAGGCGUUGAAUUGUAGUUAUCAUAGAGGUGAAAAUUAUCUCGAAAUCGAUGUCGAUAUCGGUAGCUCAGCGAUCGCCACGGCGAUUUUACACCUGGCGUUAGGUUAUGUUACCUCAGUGACGAUAGAUAUGGGAUUCGCUAUCGAAGCGCAGUGUGAAGAGGAAUUACCGGAGAAAUUGUUCGGUGCGGUUAGGGUUUUGCAGAUGGAAAUGUCAUCAGCUACAUUUGUCGAAACGGUGUCGUGUGAUAAGAAGGUCAAUGGUGUUGGAAGGAGUAGUAAUAAGGUGGAGGCUUCUCGGUCUGAUGAAGAGGAUGAAAACGAAGGUUUAAAAAAUGGUAACUGAUUAUUAUUUUUGUUUUCAGUAACUUUGGUAAUUUUUCACUGUUUUAUUGCUAUGUUUCUUCGUAAAAUGAUGUAAAAGGGGAUUUGGUGUGUAGAUAAUAAGUGUUGGCAUUCUCUGGCAAUUUCUGCACAUCUUAUCCAUUUUAAUACUAUUGGUAGUUUAGUUUUUCGUUAAAA